AUGUCGACUCGCCGUCCACUCGCCAACGUGCCCAAUGCCACCAAUUCUCCUCACCGGCCGGGUCUCGUGCCGGCCAAACGCCCCAGGUCGAACGCCCAAUUCGAUAUCGCCUACGGCCAGCCACCCCCCAAGAAGCAGGUCGUAGAGGGUGCAGAGCUCGAGUCGCGCUCCCCGACCCGGUCCCGCUCCACCGCCACGCAGAACGCGGAUUCCAAACUCUUCGCCCGACGGACGACCAAUGGCCAGUUGAGUGCGUUUGAAAAGAGGCUGGUGGCAGCCAGAGACAAUGAUCGACAGCGUCAGCUUCGAACUGCACGACACGAGAAGCCCUCGGCUGAGACUCUCGACUCUAUCCGACAAUGGCAGAGGCACUACCGGAAGGCUUUCCCUCAGUUCGUCUUCUACUUUGACAGUAUACCAGAGGAUCUACGCACCAAGUGCUCGAGACAAGUCAGAGAAUUGGGAGCUCGUGAAGAGAAAUUUUUUUCGCGUUUAGUUACCCACGUUGUCACGUCGCGUCCCAUCCCUCCCGAAAAUGACACCACAAGCCCAACGGAGUUUAAUGCGGAAUCGGUGGAUCAAACAACUGUAGACGGCUCCCUGCAAACCGUCAAUCCAUCCCUACUAGAGAAGCAUGCUGACACGCACCUACAUAUAUCAUUGAAGACCGAUACGCGUCGGGAACAAACCAGUAUGGAUGUGUUGCAUCGAGCUCGUCAGAUGGGAAUGAAGAUUUGGGCCAUAGAGAAGCUCCAACGGAUGAUUGCAACCAUCAAUGAUGGGGAGAUUGCGGGCCAUGCUGGUCACCCCACGCGGCACACUGCUGGUGGCGGAUAUUCCCGCACCAGGGGCGAGACUGAUCUGUCUCAGGUUCUCCAAAACGAGCUUCAUGGUCCUUCAGAGCGCAAUCCCAUGUCAGUACUGAAGGACCUGGUCAUGUUCAAGGGACCUUUUAUCUAUAUUCAUGAUAUGGACGAGAAAACCAAGCCUGUGAUGGUCCGAGAAUACCCCAAGGUUGCACGACGACAGGAUGGCAUUUGGCCUCAGUUCAGGAGUGCACCACUCGGAAAAUGCCCUUUUAUCGAUGAACCGCCAUCCAAGAAAGAGGUAGAACGACAUCGGGCCCGUCAACAAGAAAAGGAGAGGAAGGCUGCAUCUAAGGCCGCACCUCUCCAAAAAGCACGCACAAUCAAGACAAAUGACCUGGACCAGGUCACGAAGGAGCGGGGGGGCGACCCUGAUGCUGGAAAAGAGCCCAGCCCUAUAGAGGCUCCCAAGGAUGCAGGUUCGAAUCUUAAGCAGCCGGAAACGCAGAACGCCCAACCAGCCAAACCAUUAUCACCACGGAAGAGCUCUGAAAGUUUCAUCCCCCCGCCCCCGUUGAACCGAAAUGGGCCUUUCUACCAUGGCCGCGAACCUGCCGCCUCGGGUGUUCAGCCUUCGAAUAUCACUUCUGCCAUUCGUUCCCAGAUGGUGUCUUCCACUGCCGCAGCUCCCGGGGCCAAAGCUGGGGUGAGCAAAGAGGUUCAUGAGCUGAAGAGGAAGGUCCUGGAGAAGAGUAAUGGUGUUGUUUCAGCUGGCACGGCGCCUUCAUCCUACCGCCCUGCAAAUGUCUCGGCCCUGAAGGCCAACCGAGCCCAGGGUAACUUGCCCGGCAAGUUGAAUCCCGCAGAAAAGCUGGGCAAUGUGAUUGAGGAAGACACUACCCAUUCAGAGGGCAAUGAGACCUCGAAGCGGCGACCCAGCAACAACAAGGCUGCACCUCAGAAGAAGCGGGAAAGACGACGAGAUCCCAAGCCAGGAUACUGCGAGAACUGUCGGGACAAGUUUGAUGACUUUGAAGAGCACGUAAUGACCAGAAAGCACCGGAAGUUCGCCACCAACAACGUGAACUGGGCCGAACUGGACUCCUUGCUCUUCCAAAUCCAGCGACCUCUGAAGGACGAAUACGAAUUCUAG